GUUAGUGACGUGUCUCCCAACAGGAAAACACCGUGUGUAAACAAAACAGUGCAGUUUUUGUGGAGGAUUUAAAGGGGCUCAAAAAGGGCCACUUGGGGCUAAAGUGAAAUGAACAGUAUAGGCUGGGCUAUACUCUUCAAAACGGGCUGCUUCUGCACGCGCGAAAGUAUUGUGAUCAAUGGUACUAAGUACAGUGUUUUGGAGCAAAUAGCCCAAGGAGGCUUUAGCAUUAUAGACCUCGUGGAGAAUUCCACGACAAAGACCAAGUACGCCCUGAAGCGUAUGACAUGCCAUGGAAUUGAGGAUCAGCAGAUAGCCCUACGUGAAAUUCAACUGAGCAGCUCAAUCAAUCACAGAAAUAUUAUCAAUAUUGUUGAUUACAUGGUAGAAGGAAAUGCCGAUAUCGUGAUAAAUGCAACAAGUGAGGUGUACAUGGUGCUGCCGUACUACAAAAACGGCUCCCUGCAGGAUAACCUCAAUCACCGGGCCCGUUCGCGGGAUUUUAUGAAUGAGACACAGGCUCUGCACAUUUUUCUGGGAGUGUGCGAGGGCCUGAAGGCUCUGCAUGAAGCCAAACCCGAUCCAAUUGCCCAUAGAGAUUUGAAAACAGCCAAUAUCUGCCUCUCGGACACCAUGGAGCCGGUUCUGGUGGAUCUAGGCUCAGCCACUGAGGCCAGGGUACAGAUCUGUGGGCAGCAGGAUGCGCAGAAAUUGCAAGAUAUUGCCGAGGAGCGCUGCUCAAUUGUCUAUCGAGCUCCGGAACUCUUCAAUGUUCAGAGUUACUGCAUGAUUGACGAACGGACGGAUAUCUGGAGCUUGGGAUGCGUUCUCUACAGUAUCUGCUUCUUCAAGUGCCCCUUCGAUGUGGUCUAUGAGAAGGGAGAUAGCGUAGCUCUGGCAGUAUUGAGUGGGAACAUCACAUUUCCCGAGGAUUCUCCCUAUUCUCAGGACAUGCAUGAUCUCAUCACAUUUAUGCUGCGCCUGAACCCCAUGGAACGUCCCUUCAUCUACAGUGUGAUCGAGCGAGCCAAUGAUAUCAUCGCAAAGUCAGAGAGUCGCCUCUGAUCCCACAAAAUAGUGCAUUUGUAAAGAUAAAUCCUCACCAGAGUCGAAAGUAUAUUAAACAAAAAUUUUGCUACAGA